AUGUCCUUCCUUCAUACCCAUUCGAGCGAGUGUUUGAAGAGUGAACUCGAUCUCUUCGCUUUACCGCCUACCCAGACUAGUAUCGAGAGUGCUCAAUGGAUUUAUUACAAGCCCGUAACAUCGCUCGCAGACGACGCACCAAUAGAAUUUGUUAUACCUGGUCAUGGAGAAGACUAUCUGGAUCUCACGCACACUAUGCUAAGUCUCCGUAUACGUGUAGAAACGGGAACAAAUACCGCCACAGCCGCCGCCGCCGCCGCCGCCGCAGCGCCCAAAGUAGGCCCUGUAAAUCAACUGCUGCAUUCCAUGUUCAAUCAAAUCGACGUGUAUUUCAAUCAAAAACUCGUAUCACCUCCAAACAACGCUUACGCUUACCGCGUAUACAUCGAGGCGUUAUUAAAUUAUGCUUCACCCGCAAAAACUUCCCAUCUCACCUCUUGUCUGUGGGACACGGAUACUCCCGGUUUCAUGGACGAGUCGGUAGAUUCGCCAACGAAUCAGGCUCUCGUAAGACGCGCUCGUUACAUUCAAGGAGGACGCGCGUUGGAUCUCAUAGGACAUCUUCACUGCGACGUUUUUAAUCAAGAUAAAUUCUUAAUUAACGGGGUGGAAGUUAGAAUGAGACUCGUAUGUUCCAAAGAUUUGUUUUGUCUAAUGGAAACAAAUUCCACGUCGAAAAUCCGCAUUCUAGACGCUAGCCUACUUGUAAGAAGAGCAAAAAUAACUCCCGGAGUAUUACUAGCGCAUGCGAGAAUGCUGAGUAAAACCACUGCCAAGUAUCCCCUUACGAGAGUCGAAGUUAAAACGUUCACGAUACACUCUGGUCUCGUGGGAGAAUCGUUAGACAAUGUAAUACUUGGACAGCUACCGAAACGAAUAAUAGUUGGCUUUGUUGAUAACAAAGCGUUUAACGGCGACAGAAAAUUAAACCCGUUUAACUUUAAGAAUUACGGCAUAAAUUUCCUUUCGCUUUACGCUGACGGAAUGCAGAUUCCAAGUAGACCGUUACAGCCGAGCUUUAAGAAAGACGAACCGCUCUACAUCGAAGCGUAUCACAUCCUCUUUUCCGGAACAGGGAUACAUUUUUUGAACGAGGGAAAUUCUAUAAGCAGAGACGAUUACUCUAACGGAUAUUGCCUCUUCGCUUUUGAUCUUACACCCAAUCUAUCGGCUAAUUGUGCUGGGCAUUGGAAUCUCGUGAAACAUGGAAGCUUACGACUAGAAGUGAGAUUCGAAAAGGCACUUACCGCGACCGUUAAUUGCAUCGUGUAUGCCGAGUUCAAUAAUGUUCUAGAAAUCGAUUCAUCUCGGCAAGUCAUAAUCGAUUUUUCUGGAUAG